AAUAAAAUUUCUUUUCAAGCUUUUUUGUGAAGCUCGCACGAAAACUCCAAACAAAAACUUAUAACAAAAUUUUAAGUGAAUACCAAAACAAAAAUAUUGGAAGAUUUUCACAAGAAGAGAAUAAAUUUUCGUUUUAUUUAAUUUUUAAACCAAUACAAAAAAAAAGUUAAAAAAAUGUGUGACAUGCCCAUUCCCUUUGGAGCUGAAUUUGAUCCCUCUGGUCCUGGUUCUUUUGAAAUACAACCACCACCAAGCUCAUCUCGUGACAAUGAAAUUCCACAAUCUUCCAAAUCUAUCGAUCCCAUUCGAUCAGCUUAUGUUCCAAGAUAUACCCAAACAAAUAUCCCAGCUCCAUUGUAUCAUCCACCAAGAAAGUCUCCACAGGCUUCUGAAAGUUUGCAAACCUUUUCGUACUAUCCAAACCAAUUUCCUCAACAACAAUACUAUUACACUGGGCCUUCAUCGAAUUCUCAAAGCCUACAUCAAUUUUAUGGGUCUCAACAACAUCCACAGCAGUUUCAAAAUAACCAAUAUCAACCAGUUGAUCAGUUCCCAGCAUUUCAUCAAAAUUCUGGAAUGGUUGAUCCUAGGAUAGCAAACGGUUCCUACGCUUCUGUAAGAAGACAAUCUCAUGGAACUUGUGAAAAAUGUGGUUCAAUUAAUUCUUCAAAUGGAGGAGGUUACUAUCCGAAUUAUAUGCCAAUGGUCAACAGCGAACCAUUACAGAGAUUUUCUGAAGUCGGAGGCAAUCAAGAACUAAUUGCACCAAGUCGACCAUACAGAUUCUAUUAUCCACCAAAUCCCUCUAAUCGAAAAAAUCGGGAACACAUUUUAUUCUAAAAAAUAAAAAUAAGACUUUCGAAGCUUA